GGGUCAGAGGUCACACACUAACAUUAUCAAAUAGAUGUAACGACCAUGCUCUGUGGAUCAAAUCGCCCUCGAGGGAGAGAUCAAUGCGUGUGCGGCGCAUGCGUACCUAACAUCCUAAUAACAUCUAAGUGGUGUGAAUUUUAUACACACUCCACUGCUCUAGUUGAAAUGGUGAAGCGACUAAAUAUUGUGCCUCUGGUGAUAGUUGUAUUAGUAUUUCUGGCAUCAUUCUAUGGAUACAUAUUUACAUUGGUUCAAAAUCAAAAUCUAGACUUGGAAAUCAGUGUGCAAGCUAGAUCUGAAGUGGAAUUGAGCAACAACAGGAGCAACCAAUCAGAUCUAUUUCCUAGAGAUGUCUUUACGCUGGAACAAAAACGAAUGGGAGCAAUCCUUUUACACAUACUGGGAAUCUUCUACAUGUUGAUAGGUAUUGCAUUAGUUUGCGACGAGUUCUUUGUUCCCAGCUUGGAAGUAAUUGUGGAAAAACUCAAGAUACCCAAUGAUGUCGCAGGAGCUACAUUCAUGGCAGCUGGGGGGAGUGCACCUGAAUUUUUCACAUCAAUGUUUGGAACAUUUCUUGCACAGAACUCUAUUGGUUUUGGAGCAAUAGUUGGUUCUGCAGUAUUCAACAUUUUGUUUGUGAUUGGAGUGUGUGGAUUGGUAGCUCCUCGUCCACUGAGGCUAACUUGGUGGCCGUUAUUUCGAGAUACGUUUUUCUACGCACUUUCUCUUGGAUUACUCAUUGCAUUCUUUCAAGGGAGAGAAAUAGAAUGGUAUGAAUCACUAAUUCUCUUCUUGGUGUAUGUAUUCUACGUGCUCUUCAUGUUUAUCAAUGGAAAAGCUGAAACAUUUGCUCGUAAAUAUUUGUCUAAGCUGCGAAAAUGUUGCUCGUGUAAAAGACGUGUGGAACCAAUACCUAUUUCUUCAACACAAGAAGCUACCUCAAAUACCCUUAAAGAGACAGUCUCAGAAGCGCAUUUUUUGGGGUCAGACGAUCUGGUGCCACAUCUCUCAUCCUCUACACAGACUCUGAAUUUACUAGAAAGAAAAAAUGAGCACACAAAUUCAUUGUCUGUGUCUCUGUCUAUCUCAACAUUUCAAAGACGUCAUAGCACUGACUCCGGUUUUAAAAGCGUAACUCCACACAACCUGAGUGUUAUCACUCCUUUACCACUAAGCCGAAGAACAUCAACUAGAAAUGCGCACGGGAAUUCUGUGUCUCUGUCUACCUCAACAUGUCAAAGACGUCAUAGCAGCGACUCUGGAUUUAAAAGCGUAACUCCAUACAACCUGAGUGUUAUCACUCCUUUACUAAGCCGAAAAACAUCAACCACCCCCUCAGUUUUUUUCUCUCAGUCAGUCACCCCUGAGCCACCCCGAUCUCCAUAUAUCCCCAUCACUAAAAUCCAAAAAGUAGUUGAAAGAGAUGGAGAGAGUCGAUGCUCUAGUAGUCGAGGAAGUUCAUCUGGCUCUAACCAACAAAUCACGAUACCUGUCAUUCAAGUUCAAGCUGCAACGCCUGAUUUUAGUGAAGAGAUACAAGAACAACAAGAAGAAGAGGAGCCACAAGAACAACAACUGUUACAACAAGAAGAGCCAGAGUUCGACGAGGAAGGAAUAGUUAACAUCAUACCUCCCAAGAGUUGGUGCAAGAGAAUUCUAUAUGUGCUUUUCUUUCCACUGAUUGUACUUCUCUACUUCACUCUACCCAAUGUCAGAAAACCGCGUUGGAAGUUAUGGUUUCCCUAUGUCUUUGUUGUUAGUGUGGUAUGGAUCGGUGUAUUUUCUUACUUCUUGGUCUGGUGGGCUACUGUAUUAGGAGAGACAGCGAAGAUCCCUCCGGCCGUUACAGGGAGUACGUUAUUGGCUGCUGGUACUAGUGUUCCUGACCUGAUAAGCAGUGUGAUCGUGGCUAGGAAAGGCUAUGGAGACAUGGCCGUGUCCAGUUCUAUCGGAAGCAAUAUUUUUGACAUUACUGUUGGCCUCCCAGUAGCAUGGCUACUGUUCAGUGCAAUCAACAAUGGAGAGCCGAUUGGGGUGUUCAGUAUGGGCCUCUUCUGCGAAGUUAUACUGCUUAUUGGGAUGCUCCUAAUCGCUGUGUUUAGCAUAGCCAUUUUCAGAUGGAAGCUUGGAAAACUACUGGGACUGUUCUUUUUGAGUUUGUACGUUAUCUUUGUCACAUUAGGUGUUCUAUUAGAACUAGUAUUAGUUUGUACAAUCUCAUAG